ACGUCAGGAGAGACGCCGCUUUGUUCGCGGCCGUCGGCUGCCUGGUAACGUGACUGUCAGUGGAAGAGGAAGCGGCGGCCGCUGGUGGCGGACCUGGCCUGGGUCUGUGCUCCAACAGCGCUGGGACAUGGGCGCCCUUUUAACCGUGUGCUCCCUCGGCAGCCUGGUGUCAUGUCUGUGCAGCAGUGCACCUUGUUUGUUAUGCAGCUGUUGCCCCACUUCCAGGAAUUCGACAGUAACUAGAUUGAUCUAUGCAUUCAUUUUGCUUCUGGGAGCCCUUGUGGCUUGUAUUAUGCUGGCUCCAGGAAUAGCAAUUCAACUAAAAAAGAUUCCAGGGUUUUGUGAAGAUGGCUUUGGUACUCAACUUCCAAAUGUUCAUGGGUUUGUGAACUGUGAUGUGCUAGCUAGUUACAAGUCAGUUUAUCGUAUCUGCUUUGGAUUGGCUGUCUUCUUCUUUCUUUUCUCUCUGCUUUUGAUCAAUGUGAAAACGAGCAGAGAUCCCAGGGCUGCAGUACAUAAUGGAUUCUGGUUCUUCAAAGUAGCUGGCAUCAUAGCUAUUAUAGUAGGAGCCUUUUACAUCCCCGAAGGACCUUUUACAAGAGCUUUGUUUGCCAUUGGUAUGUUUGGUGCGUUCUGCUUCAUACUGAUCCAGUUGGUUUUGCUGGUAGAUUUUGCUCAUUCUUGGAAUGAGUCAUGGGUGGGAAAGAUGGAGGAUGGGCAUUCCAAGUGCUGGUAUGCAGCUUUGGUCUCCAUUACCAGUCUGAAUUACAUCUUGUCUUUCAUUGCAAUUGUGCUUUUCUAUGUAUUUUAUACCACACCUGGAGGAUGUGCUGAGAACAAAUUCUUCAUUAGCUUCAACAUGAUAUUUUGCAUUGCUUUAUCUGUUAUUUCUAUUCUUCCAAAGAUACAGGAAGCACAACCUCGGUCUGGUCUUCUUCAGUCUUCAGUCAUUACUCUGUAUACUAUGUAUCUCACGUGGUCUGCAAUGUCAAAUGAGCCUGAUGGAGAAUGCAACCCCAACUUUAUGGGCCUUAUUAAAAGUUUGGUCAUGCCCACAUUUGUUCCGGUCAAUAGAACUGAAUCUUUACAUGAAGAUACUUCAUCUCCAGCUGGACCUCCAACAGCAGUGCAGUGGUGGGAUGCACAGAAUGUUGUUGGACUUCUCCUCUUCAUCCUGUGUCUGUUAUAUUCAAGCAUUCGUACUUCAAACAACAGUCAAGUGAAUAAGCUUGCAUUCACGACCAGCGAAACUGUGAUGUUGGAUGAUUCAUUGUGUGGCAGUGCUGUCGAUGAACAGGGAGAUGGCACUAGAAGAGUCCAGGAUAAUGAGCAGGAUGGAGUCCAGUAUAGCUAUUCCUUCUUCCACUUCAUGCUUUUCCUGGCUUCACUCUAUAUAAUGAUGACACUAACAAACUGGUACAGCCCUGAUGCUGACUACAGGACAGUUACGAGCAAAUGGCCUUCAGUGUGGGUGAAAAUCACUUCAAGCUGGAUCUGCCUACUUUUAUAUCUGUGGACUAUGGUGGCACCUCUUAUUCUUACCAACCGUGAUUUUGAAUAGCGCAGCAUGUUCUUGUUUGAACAUGAUUGCUGAAUUAAACAGUCCAUCAAACAUGAAAUCAAAUGGUGUAGCUUUUGUGAAACAAAAAAACAUUGAAUACAAAAGAACAUUCAAGGGGCCAAUGCAUUAAAUCAUUGCUUAAAUAAGAAAAAUGCUUUUAGCCUUAAUGUUAUUUUCUCCAGAUCAUUAAUAUGCACUUUCUUGCAUCCUUUUAAAAAGAGACAAGUGGGAUUGGGUGUGAGAAAAGCAUUUUAAAAUUUAAAAAAAUUAAUUUAGCCUGUCUAUCAUAGAUUUUAAGGAAAUAUUGUUUAGAAGCUCCUUUAUGAGCCCCAUAGGUGCUUAAUACUGUUUUUUUUAAAGCUUCCUGUUACUUUGGAUGCAUUCAAGCUCUAUUAACCUUUGAUUAUUAAAUUGAAGCUUUUAUUAAUGCCUAAUUAACAGUUUUGUCUUGAUAUCUGAACAUUAUGGAAGUUGAAUAGAUUUAUUAGUAGUAAACACAUCAUUCCUCUGGCCUACAUGAGCUUAUAAAGAAAACAUUAAAUAGCAUCUUUUGCAGUAUUUAAUGUCUAUGGCUGAUGGCGGGCAUGAUGGUUGGAAAUGGGCCAAUGAAAGAAUGAGAGAUGUCUCAGGCUGCAAAUGAAGCCUUGUCCAAAUAAUCUUGUCUUUAAAGUUUAUAUUAAUUGUAUGGAGAGGAGGAAUGCUGAAACAUCCUAUCCAAAUUUGUACCAUUAAAAUUAUAAUAAAAUUGUAUUAAUAUACUCAAA